AUGAAAUUGAUUAGUAUCUCUAUUGUUUUAGUGCUGUGUGUGUGCAGGGAAGCUCUGAGUGUGCAAGUCAAGGUUGGAGACAGAAGCUUCCCCUUAGAAGCCGUGAAGCAGCUGAAGGUGCUGAUGGAUCUCAACGACAACGUAAACCCUCAUCUUGCAGAGACAAGUGUUGCAGCAGUUUGUGGCCACCCUCUCUUGCCUCAGGUCUUUCGACCGGCGUGUAAAGAGAAAGGAGCAGGAAUCAUUUUCUCAAGACUGGUGUACAUCAUCACUUCUUCAGAUCCUUGUGAAAUAUGUGCCAACCCGUCCUGCUUUGGGUGUCUGAACUGAAGCUGUCAUCUGUUAAUCACUGUUAAACACAUCACGUGAGAGCCUCUAGGAGCAUCUAUGUACCUCCAGUUUUUCUAUCUAUAAGGCAUCCAACCAAGCACCUCCUG